AGUAUCUGUAGCAAACUCUCAGAUGUCGGUUUUGGCUAAGCGAGAAGCGUGUCAGCGUUCUGUGCAAGGAUGGAACGGCGCCACAAUCCUCGAAAACAGGGUCGCUCGGUUUCGGGCACAGUUCUGCCCUUUUUCAGCUGGGGGCUCACGGUAUUGCACUUCUUCCGUCGCGACGCUUCGAAUUCAGACUGCUGCCUUCAGCUUUCAGCAGCAGCAAAAUCAUAUCAUGGGUAUGCAUAUGUACAACCGCAACGUUGCAUGCAAGUAUAAGGAGUUCAUAGAAGCAGCUGAACGGCUUACUUGAUUUGGCUACUCUCAAAGCAUGGAGUUACUGCGAUGAUGAGCUCAUAAAUGUGCCUAGACAAACAAAAAGGUGUUGUAAGCGAUAUCUACACACACGUACGCAUGUUCAUCAUCAGUGCUGCACACCGGUUCUUCUCGGCGAAGCCGUGCGGUAUGGAAACAGAAGAACAAAAACAGGCUGCCGACCUGCGGGCUUUCCAAACCAUUGGGGCCGCUAUAACGAACCCAGAGCACCAGAGCCCCACCAAGUGGCUGCCUGUGGUGCUAGCGGCCCAGCGCCAGGUCGCGGAGGCAAACGCAGAGCGCAGCCCCCAGCUCUAUCCAACCGCCUGGGACAAGGAGCUGCACGCCAUGAGCGAGGUGGCGGGUCUCUUCGACGCCCUGCACAAGGGCGGCGCGGAGAAUGCAAAAGACCGUCCCAACAGCGUCCAUCGCCGAGUUGCGGCCGUUGUCGAGCGCAUGGUUCGCCAGCAGCUGGACCCCCUGGUCAGAAUCUUCUACACUUCCGCACGCAUUCACGCGGGCGAGCCCCACACGGUCAGCGACAUUCGCCUGCUCAAGGCCUGCGGGCCGGCGGCUGUUGACGGCAAGGCCAGCUACGAUGACAUCCUGGUCGCGCUGACCAACCGUUUCCUCACCGCGCCCAACAACGUGGGCGGCCUGGCCAUCUACAACAACCGCCUGCCGCUGCGUUACAGCCAUCAGGUGCCGGGCGCGGCGGGGCCGGUCAUGAUGCUGGCGCCCAGCCCCUUCGUGGUGCGGGGCCUGUUCUGGGUGGCGCUGCCGGCUGCGAGCGGCGGCGGGCUGCGCACUGCUCACCGCAGCCGGUGCGGCAGGAUCACGUCCGUCACCAUCGCGCCGAUCAUGGGCAAGUACGAUCGCGGCAACCGGCGUUGGAACGUGGGGCAUUACUUUGGCGGAAUUCAGGCGGUGGAAAUGUGGGCGCCGUGCGCGGCCUCCAACGGCAUGUGCGCCGCAGAGUACGAGGUGCCGGUGGAGGAGGGCAUUGAGAUGCCGUAGUGCACAGUUGUGGUGCCGCGGGUGGGGGUGGUGGUUUGGUUGCGGGUUUGAGUUGCAUUCGUGAUGCGAAUUUGCUUGCUUGAUCAUGGCUGAACGUACUUCCGUAAUUGCGCUCCCGAGGUGAAGCCUCAUGCGUACAUACAAUGGUUUCCUUGCAGCACGGCGGUGUGACGGGUUCAAUGCUUGGUGAAGAGGGUACGGUAAGACAAGAGGGGGGUGGAUUGGGUUGUACAGAGGUGAGUCAUCAUGUGCGGGAAAGUGUGAACGCUGAGCGCGGCCGAAAAGAGCUGGUCGUAGCUAGCAGGCAGUGGAUUAGGGCGAGGUCAGCGUACCCGGAGUUACAUUGCAUCAGUUAAGUGCUGACGGAGCGAUCUCAGCCCCAGGAAAGAAACGGCCCGCGGCAGGCGUCCAUGCGGCCUAGCUCCGAGCUACGUGGGUGAGGAAUGGUCACAGAAUAGAAUCAAAGGGCUGACAAUUGCGGUCGGAGCCAAGCCACGGCAUCCCCGAAAAAUCAAACUGGAGA